UCAUUUACGCACAAUCUUAGGGGGUUUAGAUUGAAUCAACUGAAACCACCGGAAAUUCUGUAACUUCGAUCAAAUUCGUUUGCAACAUAUUCACCGGUGUUUAGGAGCUGUUCGUCGGUAAGAAAGACAACUGAUCGGAAAUAAACAUGGGACUGAAUAUCGGAGGGGUCGUAGAGAAGGUGAAUGGUCAUGAACUAAGUUACAGUACUUUUGUAGAGAAAUACUUAUCGAAGAACGAACCCGUUGUUAUAACUGGAUUCAUGGACGAUUGGAGAGCUUGUAGAGAUUGGGUUUUUGAUGAUGGAAGACCCAAUCUCCAGUUCAUCUCUUCUAAUUUCGGUGAUUCGAAAGUUCAGGUUGCUGACUGUGGUAGCAGAGAAUUUACGGAGCAGAAGAGGUUUGAAAUGUCAGUGUCAGAGUUUAUUGAUCAGUGGCUUGAGUUUUCUUUAUUGGAACAUGGCAAUCAUCCACCCAGCAAGUUGAAGGGCAAAACCCUGCUGUAUUUGAAGGACUGGCACUUUGUAAAGGAAUACCCAGAAUAUACAGCAUAUACUACUCCAUUGUUUUUCCUUGAUGAUUGGCUGAAUCUGUAUCUUGACCACUAUCACAUGCAUGAAGACCCUGAUACAAAUCAAAAGAGGGAUGACUUAAGAUGUUCUGACUACCGUUUUGUGUACAUGGGUGCAAAAGGAACAUGGACCCCUUUCCAUGCUGAUGUUUUUAGGUCUUAUAGUUGGUCAGCCAAUGUAUGUGGCAAGAAGCAGUGGUACUUUCUUUCUCCAGGUCAACGACACCUUGUCUUUGACAGAAACAUGAAAAGUUCUGUAUAUGACAUCUUUGAAGAGGUUAGCGAAACGAUAUUUCCCAAUUUUAAGAAGACUAUAUGGUUGGAAUGCACACAAGAUCAAAAUGAAAUAAUUUUUGUUCCUAGUGGAUGGUUUCAUCAGGUUCACAAUCUGGAAGACACGAUAUCGAUAAACCACAACUGGUUUAAUGCCUAUAACCUCUCUUGGGUGUGGGAUCUUCUUUUGGGAGAUUACAAGGAAGCUACAGAGUAUAUUGAAGACGUCAAAGACAUUUGUGAUGAUUUUGAGGGACUCUGUCAGCGGAAUCUUGCUGCUAAUACAGGCAUGAAUUUCUAUGAUUUUUUCAACUUCAUGGUGCGUUUUUCCUUUGCAAACAUCCUCCAACUUUGUCAUCUUGCUGGAAGCAGUGCGUUUGCCAAAUGGCGUUCCUCUUGUAAAGCUCAGCAUUUUAUCUUCAACCUUGAGUCCACGAAAGAUAUCGCCAUAAAGAUGAAAUUCACAUGUUUGUCUGAAAUUCAUAACUUCUCAUUGGAUUUCAGAAGUAUUUUGGAGGAACCUGCAUUCUUGGAACUAUGUUUCCAGCUGGAAAGAACAGGUGCUUUCAUACAUGAUCAACAUGCACCGAUUGAUAACACAAAGAAAUAUUCAAUGGACGAUUUAGUGGACUUGGGAUUCUGUAACUUGUUCAGCACUGUUGUUUGUAAUCCUGAAGAUCUGGUGAUUCUCAUAGACCGCACCUUGCAAAAUCUGAUAAUAUUACCAUGGGAAAGGUCGAGAAUGGCUGGGGUGAACGAGAUUGAAUUUCCAGCUUCGUUAUGAGAAGUUAACACUUUGUCUGCUUUCAUCAAAUUGCUUGUUAAAUGGUUUUACCGCAGAACGAUUUACCUUAUAAAUGUAUUCAUCAUGAUGGCAGUAUUACCCAUCGCCCUGUUGUGCGUUUUGUACUGCAAACAGAAGUUUACAAUGUACAAUUCAGACAUGCUGAACAGCAGUUUUGGAAUUGCAGUCAUCAACAUCUUCUUUCCAGUGACUGUGCCAUUCAUUUUGUCAAGGUGACUAUUCUUGCUUACAGUUUAUCCUAUUCAUUCAUUUGUGUAGAAUAUUGAAUCACUCUCUUAGCAAUUUGUAGUCAAAUUAUAUAAACAAAAUGCUAGAGGAUGUUUUACUGUGGCAGGGUUAUCACAAGGGUAAACAGUAAACUUUU